AGCUGAUAAUCAUCAGAUCCGCAUGAAGCUGGAGCUGCUCGGUCGGACUGUGGCUUCCCGGGAGAGUUUAGAGAGAAAAGAAUCAAAAACAAAAGUCCAAAGGUGCUUCUGGCUGCUUUUAACUGUCGCUUUCAGUCCCAGCAGGACCUGCUGUGGAGGACUCGCCGGGUCUGUGUUCCUUAACUCGGCCUUUUUGCGGUCCGAGCUGCCGCUGGAUGGGACGCACAUUUUCUGCUCGCUUGUGCUGCGAUGGAAGCGGAGAAACCACCGGGCUCUCUGAGAUGUUUUGAGUGAAAGCAGCAGAGACGGGGAAGAUCUGCUGCAUUUCAUCGUUGUUUUCUUGCUCCCGAUCAGCAGUCUCAUCCAGCAGGUCAGAGGAUUUAUUGAGGAUUUAACUGCGUUAUAAAACUCUUUAAAGGCGAUCUCCCCGAGAGCUCGGGCUUUUACUUCAGUCUAUUUUUCUUCUGGUUGGCCUCAGAGAUGCUCUGCAGUGAAAGGAAGCUUUAUUCGCAGGAUUUCAGUGCUGAAAAAUUGGGACAAAUGAUUGGACGCACGACGCUCUGCUGACCGUUUUUUCAUUUUUUUCAAUUUUGGAUGUUCACCUUCGAGGUCGUUCUCCCACCACCACGUCACAGAUAGCAGACAAUGUCUACCGAUAACAGCCCGCCGCCCCUGCCAGCUUCUCCGAGGUCGUUCCAUGCCCUACCUCAUCACCCGGCCCCACCCACCCCAUCACCUUCCCCCAGCCCGCCGGCCACCAUCUGCAGCCGGCUUUCCAACGGCAGCCAGUCGGCGCCCAGCCCCACGAACUCGCGGGGCUCGUUCCACGGCAUCUCCUUCCUGCUUCAGAUCGGACUCACAAGGGAGGCGGUCACCCUCGACCCCGGAGAUGUGUCGCUGUCCUCCGUCAGGGAGCUCGUCUGCUCCAUCGUGGAUCAGAAGUUUCCUGAAUGUGGAUUUUUUGGGAUGUACGACAAGAUCCUGCUCUUCCGUCACGACCUGAGCUCGGACAACAUCCUGCAGCGUCUGACCUCCGCUGAGGAGAUCCAGGAGGGCGACCUGAUCGAGGUGGUGCUCUCUGCUCUCGCCACAGAGGAGGACUUCCAGAUCCGACCUCACACUCUGUACGUUCACUCCUACAAGGCGCCGGCCUUCUGCGAUGACUGCGGGGAGAUGCUGUGGGGGCUCGUCAGACAGGGACUGAAAUGUGAAGGAUGUGGACAGAACUACCACAAGCGGUGUGCGUUCAAGAUCCCCAAUAACUGCAGCGGUGUGAGGAAGAGGCGACUGUCAAAUGUCUCCCUGCCAGGCGCCACCUUGUCUGUCGCUCGUCCACCUUCCACUGACUUCACCCCAGCACUGCAGGAGGAGCGCCCUCUUCUGGGCGCCAUGAAGCGCAACUCCUUGCUGAGCGGCCGGCCCAUCUGGAUGGAGAAGAUGGUCCUGGGUCGGGUGAAAGUCCCCCACACCUUCUCCGUCCACACCUACACCCGUCCCACCAUCUGCCAGUUCUGCAAACGCCUGCUGAAGGGCCUCUUCCGCCAGGGCCUGCAAUGCAAAGACUGUAAAUUUAACUGCCAUAAGAGAUGUGCAGCCAAAGUACCUCGAGACUGCCUCGGCGAGGUCGACUUUAACGGAGAGCCGGCCAGUCCCGGUGUGGACUCGGAGGCAACAAUGGAGGUGGACAACUGCGACGUGAACAGCGAUGGAGGUCAUAGCAUGGACGAGCAGGACGAGCAGUCCACCGAAGACAAGAUCUUCUUCGAGGGUCCCUGCACAGACUGCGAGAAGGAUGACGAGACGGUCAGAACAAUCAGCCCGUCAACCAGCAGCAACAUCCCUCUGAUGCGUGUGGUCCAGUCCAUCAAACACACCAAGAGAAAAAGCUCCACAGUGGUUAAAGAAGGCUGGCUGGUGCACUACACCAACCGCGACAACCUGAGGAAGAGACAUUACUGGAGGCUGGACAGCAAGAGUCUGACUCUGUUUCAGAAUGAAAGUGGAGCCAAGUAUUACAAGGAGAUCCCCCUGUCUGAGAUCCUGCAGGUGGAGCCAGCGCAAGACUUUGGCAGGCUGCCUCAGGGCAGCAACCCACACUGCUUUGAGAUCAUCACGGGCAGCAUGGUGUACUAUGUCGGUGAGGACAACGGUGGCCUCUACCCCAACCCAGCUUUGGCAGCAUCUGGCGUGGGACGUGAUGUAGGGCAGAGCUGGGAGAAAGCCAUCCGGCAGGCGCUGAUGCCCGUCACACCCAAGGCUAGCGUCGGCACGGGCCCAGGCCAGGGGAAGGAUCACAAGGAACUGUCUAUCAGCAUAUCAGUGUCCAACUCCCAGAUACAAGAAAAUGUGGAUAUCAGCUCAGUGUAUCAGAUCUUUGCUGACGAGGUCCUCGGCUCGGGACAGUUUGGGAUCGUUUAUGGAGGCAAACACAGAAAGACCGGCAGAGACGUGGCGAUCAAAAUCAUCGACAAAAUGCGGUUUCCUACUAAGCAGGAGAGCCAGCUGAGGAACGAGGUGGCCAUACUUCAGAACCUCCACCAUCCAGGAAUUGUUAACCUGGAGUGCAUGUUUGAGACGCCCGAGCAGGUGUUUGUGGUCAUGGAGAAACUUCACGGCGACAUGCUGGAGAUGAUUUUAUCCAGCGAGAAGAGCCGGCUACCCGAACGGCUCACCAAGUUCCUGGUUACACAGAUCCUGGUAGCCCUGAGGCAUCUUCACUUCAAGAACAUCGUCCACUGUGAUCUGAAGCCUGAGAACGUCCUGCUGGCCUCUGCAGAGCCGUUUCCUCAGGUGAAGCUCUGCGACUUUGGUUUCGCUCGUAUCAUCGGGGAGAAGUCGUUCCGCCGCUCAGUGGUCGGCACUCCGGCCUACUUGGCGCCCGAGGUGCUCCGCAGCAAAGGCUACAACCGAUCUCUGGACAUGUGGUCGGUCGGCGUCAUUGUCUACGUCAGUCUGAGCGGGACGUUUCCCUUCAAUGAGGACGAGGACAUCAAUGACCAGAUCCAGAAUGCCGCCUUCAUGUACCCAGCCAACCCCUGGAAGGAGAUCUCAGAAGAGGCCAAAGACCUGAUUAAUAACCUGCUGCAGGUGAAGAUGAGGAAGCGCUACAGCGUGGACAAGUCGCUGAGCCACCCCUGGCUGCAGGACUACCAGACCUGGCUGGACCUCAGGGAGUUCGAGACACGACGAGGUGAGCGAUACAUCACUCACGAAAGCGACGACGCCCGCUGGGAGGAAUACGCUGACGAGAGAGGCUUGCACUACCCCAAACACUUCAUCAUGUCGCCCAACCUGGAUGACAUGGAGGAGGACCCCUAGAGGCCUCGGCCAUGUUGACUUUUUUUAAGAGGGUUAGCCUCAAACCCGGGAAACUGUUGACAGAAGCGUCCCUGUGUAGGCCGCGGGCUUUCCCCCAUGACGGCGUGUGAUGACACACGAGGACACGCUGAUCAGGCAGCUCACUGCAGCGAUAAUUCAGGUCCAGAGAAUUUUAAAUUUUCCAAUAUUUGAUCUUUUUCCAGUUUCUUUUUCUUUUCUACAAAGCCAUAAACAAACGGACGCUAAGAGCCGAAACACGGAAGCAUCGUGUUUUUUCUCCCCAGAAACUUUGGGCUUCAACGUACGUCAGCACUGCCAGCGGAGCCGUGGAAGGGCUAAUCCAAAACCAAACCAACUCAACUCACUUUUACAGCUGAGAUAGCACAGUUUUAGCAGGUGGUCGUUACAUUUUAGCUCUAAAAAGCUGUGUAGAUGUUAAUGUCGUCUUUUGUGACUAACUGGAACUCACGAGAAACAAGCGCUCUCUCCUGACUGUAGUUUUUAUUGAUGUUGGGAUGUCUUUGCACUAUUGGGAAACUUUUUUUAAUGAGAAUUUCACUGUCAGUAAGUCUCAGUUUGGUCAUCUGCAAAAGUUUGAAGCCAUGUUAGCGCUCCCUUGAGGCUGCAGUUACAAUCUUAAAAUUAGAAAAUGAAUGUUGGCCAAAUAGUCCACAAAAGGUUUAUUCAAUGCAGAUUAAAUUACUUUUAUCCGACUACUUUUGAGAACAGAUUUGGUCUUUAAAGCAUCAAAACAAUGUCAAUGCCACGUGCCAAGACCUGCAGUUCCUCUAAUGGCCACUUGAGGCUGGCCCUGCAUCUAACGAUGGUUCUUAACUAUGAAGUUUAUUAAAUGAACACUUCCUGGACUCAAAUAAGAAACAUUUUUUAUGUACCAUUAAUUAUUAGUAGAGUUGUUUAGUUUUUCUAUUUAAAGAAACUCUUUUGCUAACAGAUUUAUUUUAGCUGGUGACUGAUGCGGACAUUAUAUUAAAGUUAAGUGGGUAUAUGCAUCACUUUCUCCGACCUGUAAUAAUGUGGCUGUAUGGCAGAAACUUUUGCAGAGGAACAAACGUGAGUUAUUUUCAGAAACUCUGGAAGAGGACGAGCUGAGAAGACUCGAGCUGCUAUUGUCUCCUUUGUCUUUCUGAACUCUAACGUGUUCGUCAAUCCCGAUCUGACUCCAGCCUGAGAAUUUAUUUCACAUGUUUUAUAUUUUUGCAAGAAAUGUUUUGUCAUGUGGAUGAAAAUAUUAAAGAUGAACGGCAAAAUG